AUGUCGUUGUUCCUGCAUCCCUCACUGUUGUUGCUGCAUCCCUCACUGUUAUCCCUCACUGUUGUUGCUGCAUCCCUCACUGUUGUUGCUGCAUCCCUCACUGUUGUUGCUGCAUCCCUCACUGUUGUUGCUGCAUCCCUCACUGUUGUUGCUGCAUCCCUCACUGUUGUUGCUGCAUCCCUCACUGUUGUUGCUGCAUCCCUCACUGUUGUUGCUGCAUCCCUCACUGUUGUUGCUGCAUCCCUCACUGUUGUUGCUGCAUCCCUCACUGUUGUUGCUGCAUCCCUCACUGUUGUUGCUGCAUCCCUCACUGUUGUUGCUGCAUCCCUCACUGUUGUUGCUGCAUCCCUCACUGUUGUUGCUGCAUCCCUCACUGUUGUUGCUGCAUCCCUCACUGUUGUUGCUGCAUCCCUCACUGUUGUUGCUGCAUCCCUCACUGUUGUUGCUGCAUCCCUCACUGUUGUUGCUGCAUCCCUCACUGUUGUUGCUGCAUCCCUCACUGUUGUUGCUGCAUCCCUCACUGUGCUGCUGGUGGCGAUGGAGCAAGCAGCUUACGAGAGGCUGCCGUCAGAGAUUGCAGCGUGCUUCACCUCGUUCUCAACGAAUCGAUGCCAUCGGGCAGGCCUCUUCAUGUCAGGGAUAGCAGGCACAACAACAAAUGUUCUUGUGAUGAAGACGAUGCUGAGAUCUGGCCGCAGCAGCAGGAUCUUCUCGCUCAGGUGUGAGGCAGAUGACUACGUCGAGGAUGUCAAGGAGAAACUAUCUACGUACCCUGGGGUUGCAGCGCCUGAGGAGUUGCAGCUUGCGUUUGCUGGUAGAGUUCUUCAGAACCAUCACACUCUCCGGGAGUACAACAUACAGAAACCUUCUAUGUUAAUCCUUCUGCCCCCGGCCCCUCCAAAGAUCCUCGGAAUUCUUGUGGAGGAAAUGUUCCCAGAUAGCUCAGCUCAGAAUGUCUCUCAGAACGUAGAGAUCAAGAUCAAGUUUAAGGAUCCAUCAAGCGACUUGGUCCAAAAGUUGGUCGGGAGCUCUGGAUAUCCUUUGCUCCGAAGCUUGCUGCAAAAUGAUUUCGAGGUUCGCAGAAAGUUCAGCGCGAAACCUGAGGCCGGGGAGGUGACGUUGGACGAGGCCAGCAGGACUUUGACGUUCGUUCCCCUCCAGCCGCUGCGAACAAGUUCUCACUAUCGGGUCUCCAUCAACUCGCAGUCCUCCCUCUGGCAGGCCAACAUGCGGAGGCGGGUGGAGGGGGACGUCUGCUGGGAUUUCUUCACAGCUGGCUACUUGCCUCUGCGAGUGACGGCCAUCUACCCCCGACCGUACUCACGGGUCCGACCCAGAAACACUCCGAUCGUCAUCAGCUUCAACACGCCCCUCUUCCGGGAGGCUGACGGGGGGACGUGGGUGACGGUCAAGACGAACCUCAGCAGCGAAAGUCCCGCGGGAGGGCUCAAGGCCCCGCUCUACGACGAGUCAACCUGCUCGCUCGUCCUCGAGCCCGAGAGCGGGACUUUCCCUCCUAACGCGAUAGUGCGGAUACGACUACGACCGCAGCGGAUUUGCGGGAAGAACGGCGAGUCGCUCGAGCCCCGACAGAGCGAUGGCCUGCUCAAGACUUCGACUUUCAGGUGGAGAUUCUUUACUACCCACGGCAGCUCGGAGAUCUCAAGAUACGAGUACAACAAUCAAGUUUCUGCUGGCGUCUCGGCGGUGAUCGCUCGGCAUCGUGAAGGGAAACUAGUUCCGCUGUACCAACCCACGAGGACAUAG